GACCGCGCAGAGUGAAUAAUAAAGCUCUCCUCGGUGGUAGCGGGCGGUGGCGGAGGGAGCGGAAGGCAAGAGCAUGUCGAAGGGCCCGGCAGCGACCGGGCCUUCCGUGACCGGGCCGGUGGCGCCCGCCAGCGCGCUCCAGGCGCAGCCCGAGAAGCCGCAGCACUACACGUACCUGAAGGAAUUCCGCACAGAACAGUGCCCCCUAUUUGUGCAACACAAGUGUACUCAGCACAGGCCCUACACAUGCUUCCACUGGCACUUUGUCAACCAGCGUCGUCGUCGGUCUAUUCGCCGUCGGGAUGGCACCUUUAACUACAGUCCUGACAUUUACUGCACCAAAUAUGAUGAGACCACAGGGAUCUGUCCAGAAGGAGAUGAGUGUCCAUUCCUGCAUAGAACUACUGGUGACACAGAGCGGAGAUAUCACCUGCGCUACUACAAAACUGGAAUCUGCAUCCAUGAGACUGACUCAAAAGGAAACUGUACCAAGAAUGGCCUCCACUGUGCUUUUGCUCAUGGGCCCCAUGACCUCCGCUCUCCCGUUUAUGAUAUCAGGGAGCUUCAGGCCAUGGAAGCUUUGCAGAAUGGUCAGACCGCAUCAGAGGGUGGCAUAGAGGGUCAGUCUGCAGUUGCCGCUAGUCAUGCUAUGAUAGAGAAAAUUCUCAGUGAAGAGCCAAGAUGGCAAGACACGACAUAUGUUCUGGGAAACUACAAAACAGAACAGUGCAAAAAGCCCCCACGUCUCUGUCGUCAAGGUUACGCCUGCCCUUACUACCAUAAUAGCAAAGAUAGAAGAAGAAGCCCUAGGAAACACAAAUACAGGUCCUCUCCAUGUCCGAGUGUGAAACAUGGUGAUGAGUGGGGAGAUCCUAGUAAAUGUGACAAUGGAGAUACGUGCCAGUACUGUCACACCCGCACAGAGCAACAAUUUCAUCCAGAGAUCUAUAAAUCAACAAAAUGUAAUGACAUGCAACAGUCUGGCAGCUGUCCCAGAGGUCCCUUCUGUGCCUUUGCACAUGUAGAACAACCACCACUUAGUGAAGAGUUACAGUCAACCUCAGCUGUUUCCAGCCCAACGCAAACAGGCCCUGUAAUGUACAUGCCCUCAGCAGCGGGCGAUUCUGUUCCAGUCAGCCCUUCCAGCCCACAAGCCCCAGACCUUAGCAAUGUAUGGAAUAAACCAGGAACUCUGCCAACUAGCCCAACCUCCACUACAAUCCUCUGUAGAAAUAGCAGUCUUGGAAGCCCAUCUAAUAUAUGUGGGUCCCCUCCUGGUGCCAUUGGAAAACCCCAUAGCUUGGAAAGCAUUGGCUUUCCCACAGAUUCAGUAACUGCAGCCAGCAGCUACAAGAAAGCACCCGGGUUUGAACGGGAAGACCUGGUUGGAGCAGAGUACCUAAAGAGUUUCAAAUGCCAGCAGUCAAAAAUAAAGUCCCAUUCCAUGGAGCACAGAUCCCAAGAACAGCCUCUAUUACAGCCCAAACAAGAUAUAUUGGGGAUUCUUCCUGUUGGGAGCCCAUUGACAUCUAGCAUCUCCUCUAGUAUCACCUCUAGCUUGGCAGCAACACCCCCAAGUCCAGCUGGCACCAGCAGUGUCCCCGGCAUGAAUGCCAAUGCCCUUCCAUUCUACCCAACCAGUGACACAGUGGAGUCUGUGAUAGAGUCUGCCUUGGAUGACCUGGACCUGAACGAAUUCGGAGUGGCUGCCCUGGAGAAGACAUUUGACAGCAGCUCGGUGCCCCACACGAGUGGCAUCAUGAUAGGUGGGAGUUUGCUGCAAAGUUCUGCUCCUGUAAAUAUCCCUGGGUCCCUUGGAAGUUCUGCCUCCUUUCACUCUGCCUCUCCUUCUCCACCGGUCAGCUUAUCAUCGCAUUUCCUUCAUCAGCCCCAGGGACACUUAAGCCAAUCAGAAAACACAUUCCUGGGGACAUCAGCCUCUCAUGGAUCAUUAGGUUUAAAUGGGAUGAACAGCAGUAUAUGGGAGCACUUUGCUUCUGGAAGUUUUUCGCCUAGUACCUCGCCUGCGUUCCUGUCGGGUCCAGGGGCUGCUGAGCUGGCCAGACUGCGUCAGGAAUUAGAUGAAGCUAACAGUACAAUAAAACAGUGGGAAGAAUCUUGGAAACAGGCCAAACAGGCUUGUGAUGCUUGGAAGAAAGAAGCAGAGGAGGCCAACGAUCGUGCCAGCACAGCAACUAUGGAAUGUGAGCUAGCCCGAGAGCAGAGGGAGGCCUUGGAACUGCAAGUGAAAAAACUCCAGGAGGAAAUGGAGAGAAUCCACACUGGCCAGGACCCCCAGUUCCUACGUGCUCUGUCUGACCUAGAGACCCUCUCCCUUUCCACACUCUAUACUCUCCAAAAACAGCUGCGUGCCAACUUGGAAAGAGUUGAUAAGGCAGUGUUUCAGAUGCAGUCAGUGAAAUGCCUCAAGUGCCAGGAAGAGAACCGGGUGGUACUACCGUGCCAACACACUGUGCUGUGUGAAACGUGUGCCGAGGAGGGCGAGUGCCCCAUCUGCCAUCCCAACAGGCCACACGCCCUGCAGUCGUGA